AUCUGAGCAUCGCUCUUCCUUUUUCGCCCGAAACUCAGCUAACAUUCGGCAAUAUGUCUGACCAGGAGGAAGUAUACGUUGAGGAGCAAGACAUCAACACCGUCAAUCCCGAUUUCGAGGAUACGGAGGUUGAGGAGAUUGACUUCGCCGAGGAGGUCAAGCUAUUCGGCAAGUGGACCCUUGCUGAUGUCGAGACCAACGACAUUUCCCUUGUAGAUUACCUUGCGGUAAAGAGCAAGCCCACAUACCUACCCCACACCGCCGGGCGAUAUGCCGCCAAGCGUUUCCGCAAGGCCCAGUGCCCCAUUGUGGAGCGUCUGGUCAACUCCCUGAUGAUGCACGGACGUAACAACGGUAAGAAGAUCAUGAGUGUUCGCAUCAUCCAGCACACAUUCGAGAUCAUCCACCUUAUGACCGGCGAGAACCCUGUUCAGAUUUUGAUCGAUGCCAUCAAGAACUGUGGACCCCGUGAAGAUUCCACCCGAAUUGGAUCUGCCGGUACCGUCCGUCGUCAAGCUGUUGAUGUGUCCCCUCUGCGUCGCGUAAACCAGUCGCUAUGGUUAUUGACCACUGGUGCUCGUGAGGCCGCUUUCCGUAACAUUAAGACCAUCGCAGAGUGUCUUGCUGAUGAGCUUAUUAAUGCUGCUAAGGGAUCUUCCAACAGUUAUGCCAUUAAAAAGAAGGACGAGCUCGAGCGUGUAGCCAAGUCAAACAGAUAAAUGUUUGCUUGUAUACAACAUUUGUUCCAAUAAACGGUUGUCACAUCGGGAAUUGACAGUAGCAAUCUGCUUUUCUGAGGGGGAAGUUCUUCAAACUGGUAAAAACUAUAAUUAUUUAUUGCACACGCAUUAGUUUUUUUCGGGCUAUAUAUGCUUACUUGACUUAGACCGUAGAGCAUGCUGAUGCAUGGUGAUGGUUUAUCGUAGUACUUGUGAUAGAAAGGAC